AGCAACCUACGCCUCGCACCUCACAUCCGCAAACAAGGAAAACUUACCAAAGACACCAGGUAGUGGUGGUCUACUUUCAGGUCGAGGAAAUACUAAAACCGCCAUCCCAGUAUCUACAAACAUUUCGAAUGCAAAGAAGAAACAAGUCUUUAAUUCUGAGUUAAAGCCACCUGUAAUCAAUAGUGCAAUCUCAUAUCGUACUGGUAAUACUUCAAGAAAUCCUUCAAGCCGUAUUUCGUCCGUGUCUGCUCCAAAGAAAACUAGCACUCCAAAGAAAACUAACACAAUUUCUUUGUCGAAGAAGCCUGCUGUCACUAUAUUGUCAUCCGCUCUCUCAAAAAGCAAAUCUCAAAAUACAUCUGCAUCUGGAAAUGUCAAACCUAAAAAAGUGACUUUUGCGGCAAAUGCUGAACCCAAAAAACCCGCUGCUGCUGGGACUAAAUCAUCUUUAAUGCCAGCUAAAAAAUCAGUCACCCCUUCAGUUUCAAGUUUUAUAAAACCAAAGUCAACAGCUAUAAACCUCUUUUCUAAUCUACAGCUACCGCCUGGAAGUUUGCGAAAACUACAAACUUUAAGGAAUAUUUCUAAUACGCCUAAUUUGAAACGUCCAAUGCGCAAUCCCACGACAACGGCAGCGAAGACAUCAAUAAAACCUACCACUAACACAACUAUCUCAAGGAGGCUUUCGACGAUUUCUUCCUCCGCGACGACAUCACGAAAAUCGUCAAUUUCUAUUGCUCCCAAAAUUCGUGGUCUAUCAAGUGUCCGUAGAUCUCCAGCUAAAUUCUCUAAUAAAUCUCAAAUAAAUUUUAAGCCAGAUGCAUCAGCAUUGAAAGAAAUAAUUGCCAGUGAAACUUCCAGCGAUGUUGAUAAAAAGAGGCAGCUAUCAUCUUUUCUCUUGAGUAGUAACGGAUUUCGAUCAACAAGAUCUUCUAUUGGAGUUAGGGGUUCUUCAAGACUUUCAAAAGUAGCGUCAUCUUAUGGUCAUCGCGUCGAGGAACACCGUGAAUCACAACGAGCUUCAAUACUUGGAGCUGCAAUUCGAGUAAUGCGCCCUAUUCAAGAAGAAUCACAGAAGAAAGCAUUGCCAAAUAUCCGAGAAUCAUUAUCAAUGAUUAAACCAGUUACUUCAACAAGAGCUCUUGCCAGCCGCCAAAUAAAAUUUAAGCCAGAUGCAUCAGCAUUGAAGGAAAUAAUUGCCAGUGAAACUUCCAACGAAGUUGAUAAAAAGAGACAGUUAUCAUCAUCUUCUCUCUUGAGUAGUAGCGGAUUUCGAUCAACAAGAUCUUCUAUUGGAGUUAAAGGUUCUUUAAGGCUUUCACAAGUAGCGCCAUCUUAUGGUCAUCGCGUCGAGAAACAUCGUGAAUCACAACGAGUAUCGAUACUUGGAGCUGCAAUUCGAGUAAUGCGCCCUAUUCAAGAAGAGUCACAGAAAGCAUUGCCAAAUAUCCGAGAGUCAUUAUCGAUGGUCAAAACAGUUACUUCAACGAGAGCUCUUGCCGGCCGCAAAUCAUUAUUGUUCACUCGAACUAUCAAAAAAUUACGUUCUGAAGAAAAUCAAGAGAUAGAAAGGACUUUAAUUACGACAACGAAAGAGAGAUUCAGACUACAACCAAGAUUAUCACUUACGAGUGAAAGAAUUGGGCUUAUUAAUGGACGUGGUGGUGGCGUUGAUAAUGACACGCAGACUCAUAAUUCUUAG